UGCAGGAAAGAUCUUUCGUGUAAAAAAUGAAUUAUACGCUAUUGAUGCAUCACGUCGGCCUCUGGAGAUUUCAGCAGCCCGCCUGAACAAGCAUCGUAGCUCUCUACUGCAUUUUUCAAUCUGUGGGACUGAUGAGGACAGGGCACGAAUUGUGAUAACUUGCUUUACUCUUGCAUAUGUAGCUAGUAAUGACUCCAAUGUCAGCCAUCGGCUACACAUUCGAUGCUUUCAUGGUGCUUGUCUUCGUUGUGUUUCUACUACUAGUAGUGUUACGACCAAAGCCGGCCAUUGUUCAGAAAAAGUCCCAGAGUGGGGCGCUUGACUUGAAAAAUGAGCUCUAUGAACCAUUCGAGAGGGAUGAUCAGUACGGCCAACUGGGCGCAAAGCCGCAACCCCUUCUGGAGUACAUGAGGCUGGCAGUGCUCUUGGUUACCGUUGCGCCCAUCAAAUUCGUGAGCGCAUCACUAUGCAUGCUUUCCGUGCAUCUCAUGUGCAGGGCUUCUGUCAUACUGCCCAAGGGAUUGCAGGCUCAGACGGUUGCUUCUCUUGGCAAGGUCUUGUGCCGGCUGUGCCUGUUCUGCUGGGGCUUUGUGAAAUUCACUUGGAUCAUUGUGGAGCCAGGGCAGCUGCCAAAGGGGGUCGAGCCAGCGGCAAUUGUUUCAAACCACAUCAGCUACCUGGACAUCAUUGUGCACUGCGCAAAUUCUUUUCCCUCCUUUGUUGCACGCGGCAACACAAAAGAUCUGCCACUGGUUGGCUUGAUCAGCAAGCACCUGCAGUGCAUUUACGUCAAUCGCGAUUUCAAAAAGGGCAACGUUGCGGGAGUCUCAGGGCAGGUGAAGGACAGGAUGGAGAUGGCAGCUGCUGGACAGCUGCCUGCCUCUACUCGGCCUCUGCUUCUAUUCCCAGAGGGGACGACAACGAAUGGGAAGUGCCUGUUGCCCUUCAAGUCGGGGGCAUUCCUGGCCGGCGCGCCGGUGCAGCCGAUGAUCCUGCGCUAUGGCGAGGACCGUGUCUCGCCGGCCUGGGAGAGUAUUGAACCCCUGUGGCACAGCAUCCUCAUGCUCGCCAACCCCUUCCACAGCGUCACAGCUCGCCAGCUGCCCAUCUACUACCCCAGCGAGGAAGAGAAGGCGGAUCCAAAGCUGUAUGCAGCCAACGUGCGCGAUCUGAUGCUGCGAGAGGGCGGCUUCAAGCCGUCCGAGUCCACGCUGGCAGAGAGCAGGGCCUACAUCGCCUUGAUGGAGGGCAGGAAGCCCCCAGCCAACAGCCUGGCCGGCCAGGCACUGGGCAUUGAGGCCAAUGGAGCGAAGCCCAAUGGCAAGCCUGCCAAAGAUGAUGCAGGCAUUGCCGAUGUGCCCGGGGCCUCUGGUGCGAAGAAGCUUGAGUGAUGUGCAUGCAUCUUGGACACUGUUUGGCAGCUGUGCAAGAAGCAGGGUGGCCGUUCGCAUGUCUUGAGCGAUUGCGACGUUUUGGCACAGCAUUGAUCCACUGAGACACCCAACACAAUUGUUGGGUACAGUAUUCUCCUAUUUAUGUGCUAGCUAUCAUCAUGCAUUGGCUCACAAGCUCCCAGACAUCUGAUGAUGAUCACAUUUUUACAUCCAGGCAGAUUUGGGCCAAAGCCGUAGCCGUGUCAUGGUCGCAAGUUUGCCCUCAGUUUAAAACACAGACUUUGUUGCUGGCCGUAUUAAUUGCAGCGCGCAAGCUGUUAUGUCAAGAGAGGGAAUGGUGUGUCAUUGAGGCUGAUUAGAAUCAGUCCAAGUCCAUGGAAAUGAGACAGGUCAAGGGGAGGAAGGGAUGAGUGUACAUGCUGUAUAAUAUCAGAGUUCCUUCUUGCGCAGCGCCUAAUACUAGUUGGCGGUGCAUAUUUAGGCGUGUCGUGCAUCAAUCUGCAUUUCUGUAGAGAGUUGGAGUGAAGCUGUCUUGAAGAAGAAAUAUAGGCGGCUUUGUCCUAGGGCUGAACGCCCCUACUGAGGCCAGGUACUUUGAAUGAGCUCUCACACAUGUUACAUGAUGUCACAU